AACAGUUAAUAGUUGAUGAACAGUUCUGCUUUGUUCGGGGUUUUCUUCGGGAGAGAAUUAUUUGUGCAACAUCUUGCCACAUAUGCAUACAAGAGCAACAGUUCUGAAAAAAAGGAGCUCACCUACAAUGACCUAGCUGACUGUGUGGAGAACUGUGAAACAUUCCAGUUUCUAGCUGAUAUUUUACCAAAAAAGAUCUUGGCAAGUGAAUAUCUGAAGAUGCUCGAGGAAGAGAAAGAUGGAGUUGGUGGUGCUGAAGCGGAUGGUGAUAAUGAAAAUGAUGAAGAUGAUGAUGAUGAGGAGGAAGAGGAUGAAGAUGAAGAUGAAAACGAGUCCUAAGGAAUACCAUUUCACCAUACCAACUUGUUCAAGAUUGUAUAGAGCAAGAAGAAUUUAAAAAUAAUACAAUACUGUUGAGCAUUGAGCAAAUUUGCCGCAAGUUUACAUGUGCAUAAUUUCUAAAUUCCAUAAAAUUAGCCACUAUGAAGAGGAGAUGGGAAGUCUGUGGUUAGUGUUCAGUUUCUUCCGUUCAUUGAAGGGAAGAUGUCUUUUUCUGAAGAUUCUUUCUUGUUUGAUAUUAAUGACAAUGGCAAACAAUAUAAAAUGUAUAUAUGUGAUAUAUACUUUUGUAUAUUUGAAAAAUAAAUGUUACCCUCCAGAA